GGGGCCAUUCCUACACUUCCGGGGCACCCACGAACGGGGUUGGCUGCACUCCCGCCCAGGGCCCCGCCUCCUACGUGCCCCGCCCCCCAGGGCCUAUCCCCUUCAGAACGCCGCCUCCGUGAAGCCCGCCGCCUCAGGAUUUGGGCCCUGGGCGCUGUUGCCAGAGCCCUUAUGUUUCAGGGCCCUGGCUCCCACUUUCCUCCUCUCUGGCCAUCUGGCUCGGUUGCUGGCCUCAUGCAUGCAUUCCUUGCCCAGACCCUCCCUCUGUUCGCCUUUCCCUCCUGCCUUGCCUCGCCCCACGCUUCCGCGGCUCUUGUCUAGCUGCUCUGCCACCCCCUGACCCUCCGACUGGUCUGCUCUUUGGCCAGGGUCUUUCUGGAGCUAAAAUCGGACCCCGCCACUCCCUUCUUACACCUCGGGGGAAGCGCAGCGCGUCGACGUCGCCCAGGCCCGGGCUCCCCUAGCCCAAGCGGCCCUCGGAUGCGUCCCAGGGCAGCACCAGACGUGAUGGGCUGAGGACGCGUCUGACGCCUUGGCCUGCGCGGUCAGGCUGGGUCGGGGGAGAUUUGGGGCGGUCCGCGGGGUCCUGGGCACACUGGACUUCACCCGCCCCCUCCACCUCUGGAGGGAGAGGGAGGCCCGCGACACGCCUCAGGCUCCGGGCUGGGGUGGGGGAAGGUAGGUCUUGGAGCCGCAGCCGGAGCGCGGAGUAGGAGAGAUGGGGCAGCACGGCCCCGGCCCGGGCCCCAGGCGUCUCGCCAGCCCAGCUCCCGUCAGGCCGCGCUUCGGGGCGGGGUUUUGGGCGCUGGGUCAGAGUCUGAGGAAGUGGGGAAAUCUGGCCCUGGGAGCCCCCCCCGCGGCGGCCUACUUCCCUGCCUGGAUUCUGCGUGUUCCUGCCCAGGCUCCCUGCCGGUCGUCCCAGCUCCCGGGGGCUGCAAGGAGGGGACAGGCAGUGCAUUCACCUGCCCGGCCAGGGUGGCCCAAAGUGACCACGGCUGUGCCAUGAGGACUGCGCUGGUGCACCACGAGGACAUGACAGCGGCCCGGCUGCUCUGGGAAGACCCUGAGUGUGAGAUCGAGCGUCCGGAGCGCCUGACUACAGCCCUGGAGCGCCUGCGGCAGUGGGGCCUGGAGCAGAGGUGUCUACAGUUGGCAGCCCGAGAGGCCUCCGAGGCAGAGCUGGGCCUGGUACACAGCCCAGAGUAUGUGUCCUUGUUGCGAGGAACCCAGACCUUGAGCACUAGGGAACUACAGGCGCUGUCUGGACAAUACAACGCUGUCUACUUCCAUCCGAGUACCUUCCACUGUGCCCGGCUGGCCGUGGGGGCUGUGUUGCAGCUGGUGGACGCCGUGCUGACGGGGGCUGUGCACAACGGGCUCGCCCUGGUGAGACCUCCUGGGCAUCACAGCCAGAGAGCCGCUGCCAAUGGAUUCUGCGUGUUCAACAAUGUGGCCAUAGCCGCCAAAUACGCCAAGCAGAGACACGGGCUGCACAGGAUCCUCAUUGUCGACUGGGAUGUCCACCACGGUCAGGGCAUCCAGUAUAUCUUUGAGGAUGACCCCAGCGUCCUUUACUUUUCCUGGCACCGCUAUGAGCAUGGGCACUUUUGGCCCUACCUUCGAGAAUCGGAUGCAGAUGCUGUUGGGCAGGGGCAGGGCCGUGGCUUCACUGUCAACCUGCCCUGGAAUCAGGUUGGGAUGGGAAAUGCUGACUACGUGGCCGCCUUCCUCCAUGUGCUGCUCCCCGUGGCCUUUGAGUUUGACCCUGAGCUGGUGCUCAUCUCAGCAGGAUUUGACUCUGCGAUCGGGGAUCCGGAGGGGCAGAUGCGGGCCACGCCGGAGUGCUUCUCCCACCUCACACAGCUGCUGCAGGUGCUGGCCGGCGGCCGAGUCUGUGCUGUGCUGGAGGGAGGCUACCACCUGGAGUCGCUGUCCCAGUCCGUGUGCAUGGUGGUGAAGGCGCUGCUGGGUGACCCUGCCUUGCCCCUGUCGGGGCCCAUGGAGCCUCAUCACAGUGCCCUGGAAUCCAUCCAGAGUGUCCGGGCUGCCCAGGCCCCUCAUUGGAAGAGCCUCCGGCAGCAAGGGUCGACCCCCAUACUGAAUCCCAGCACCUACUCCCUGGAGCGGAGAGCCUCACCUGUAUCUCCCGGGGCACCCAAAUUCAAGGCAGCAGAGGCGCAGGCCUCGGCCGCACUGAGUUCCCUCCUAGACCAGCUGCACCUCAACCCCACACUGCCUGUCCGCACGGCUGUUGCCCUGACUGCACUGGAUGCCGCUCUGGUCCUACCCGCCGACGUCCUCCGUCAGGAGGGGUCAGCCCCACAGGAGGAGACACGGGCCUGGGCCAGGCUACACGAGGCCCUGGCCCAGGACAAGGCUCUCACUGCACUUGGGAAGGUCCUGCACCUCUUGAAUGGGAUCCUGGAUGGGCAGGUGAGCAGUGGCAUUGCAGCAACCCCGGAGCCCGCCUUGGCUCCCACCCUGGAUGUGGUCAUUGGGCGCAGCUUGUCCCACGGAGCGCGGAGGCUUCUCUGUGUGGCUGUGGGACAGCUGGAUCGGCCCACAGACCUUGCCGACGACGGGAGGAACCUGUGGCUGAACAUCAGAGGCAAGGAAGCGGUUGCCCCAUCCAAAUUCCAGGUCUCCGUGCCACUGCCAGGGACUACUGGUGGGUUCGUGAGCUGUGUUCUGGCCCUUGUGCUGCCCCUGGCCUAUGGCUUCCAGCCUGACCUCGUGUUGGUGGCGCUGGGGCCAGCCCACGGCCUGCAGGUCCCCCAAGCCACACUCCUGGCUUCUCUGCUGCGGGGGCCGGCGGGGGGCCGAGUCUUGGUCCUGCUGGAGCAGGGAUCCACAUCCCAGCUUGCAGGGGUCCUGGCCCGGGUGUUGCAGGGAGAGGCGCCCCCCAGCCUGGGUCCCUUCUCCGUGGCCUCCCCAGAGGACACACAGGCCCUGAUAUACCUGAGAGGGCAGCUGAAAGCAGAGUGGAAGAUGCUGCAGGUGGCCGCUCCUCAAGUGCCGUGACCGGGCAGCUUGAAAUCUGCCAGGGUGGGAGUCUUUGCACUCCAGAGGUGACACCACAGACUAGUCCCCCAAGAACCAGCUUUAAACACUCACGUGUGCACCACUUCCUGAGGCCUCUGUCCUGAUGGCCAGGCUACAGAGCUGUCUGGGGCUCUGGCUCAGGGACACUAUGUCCACGGCCGUGACCGGGAGCCCCCCCCCCCCCCGCCUCCAGUGGUCUGCCUCUGCACAGAUGGUUCCAUCCUCACUUCCUGCACGCCUCUUAACCUCAAAAAAUAAAAGUCGUUUUACCAGCAAAAA